AUGCGACCCGUUUUGCUCAUCCUCCUGGCGCAGGGCGCUUGGUGCGACGAUUGCUCCUGCCAUGGCACUCGCUCCACACCUUUCCAGGACGCCAUGUACGCGGGCUACCGCGCCGCGGCGGCGCACCGCGCCCCGCGAGACCUCGCCGACCGGCUCGCCGACGGGCUCGCGCCGCGGACCCGCCGUAACCUGACCGCGCCAGCGGUGGCGGAGCUCUGGCGGUCGCUCCGGGCCGAGCGACGCAAGAUCACGACCGCGAGUGGAGCGGAGCGGGAGAUGCGGCGGGCGCUCAUGCCCGCGGGCGACGAACUCAUAAAAUUAUUGGAUGACGAGCGGGCGGUGCUCGACGAGUUGAGGGGUCUGUGGCUCCGCGCGACGGACUAUGGCGUCCUCACGCGACGGGUCGACGCAGACAACGCGGUCCUAGAUGACAUGCGGCGGUGGAUCCUGGGCGACUUGGCGACUGAGGCGCGGUGCGCGCCCGAGGCGAAGGCUCCAUCGCCACCAAGUUUCGCCCAGGUGCACACUGGUUCCAUCGCCGACCACGUUUCGAACUGGGGGGACGUUCGCGAUACCUUGCGCGGGACGCGUUACGAGAAGUACCUGCCGCAACCCAUUGACCCCAUCAUCGACCCAUCGAACCCUCGCCUGCCGUUGUAG